AUGCUACUUUAUGCUUGGCAUAAAGGUGGAUAUAACAUUGAUUAUGAAAAAUUCGAUCCGCCAACUUUCGAAAACGUCAAUCAAGUUUGUUUUCAAGUUCAUGAUAAAGUUCGUUUUUCAGACGAUAUUGCAAACGAUAUUUCUGAUAUUACAAAUACCGAUAAUGUCGAUAAUGGUAUAUUGUGUAGUACUAAUUAUGAUGACAGUACAGAUUCUACUUCCUCAUCUCUUUCUGUCAUUGAGGAUAGAUCAUUUCAAGAUCGUUUAGCCACGUGUUUUGUUAAUAAUAAUUUAACACAUGUGCAAAUUAAUAAUAUUCUAUCUGUUCUUCGAACACACACAUGCUUUUCUUCGUUACCAAAAGAUGUCAGAACUCUUUUAAAAACUCCACGAACACCUGUUGUCGUAUCCAAAAUAGAUUCAGGAGAAUAUAUUCAUUUCCCUCUUGAGGCAGCAAUUGUUAAAACACUAUUACGUCUUCCAUUAGUAUCAGUACCACAUGAUUUAGAAAUAGAUUUUAAUACAGAUGGAUGUAGUUUAGAUAGGCAUGGAAAUAUUCACAUCUGGUCAAUCCAAUGUAGACUUGCAAAUGUAAAACAUACAAGGUCUAUAAUAAUUGGAAUAUAUAGUGGUGUUAAGAAGCCACAAGACCCAAAUUUAUUUUUUGAAAAAUUUGUUGCCGAUGUCAAUACUAUCAUAACCAAUGGUGGCAUAGUUUAUAAUGGCCAUAAGAUAGCAAUACGUUUAAGAUGUUUUAUAGCUGAUGCACCAGCUCGAGCUUUUAUUCUUAAUCAUAGAGGCCAUACAUCUGCAAAUCCAUGUUCAAAAUGCAAAAUUUCUGGUGUACGAUGUAAAGGCAGAUAUGUAUUUCCUGGUAUUAAUCAUCCUCUUCGAAUAAAUGAAGAAUAUAUCAAUUGUAUAGAUGAGGAUCAUCAUAGAGAUGGUAAAAGUUCAUUAUCAUUGUUACCUAUAAGUAUGAUUACACAAGUUCCUUUUGAGUACAUGCAUUUGGUAUGUUUGGGAGUUAUGAAGAAACUUUUAUCUGCAUGGGUAUGUGGUAAAUAUACACGUCUCACAAAGUUAUCAGGAAGAUCUAUAAUGAUAGACACUGAUGAUGAUAUCAUAUUACGAGGAGAUUGCUCGGUGGCAACACCGCCGCCGCCGCCACCACCGCCACCACCGCUGGUUCCGCUGCUGCAGGCUUUCAAGCCGUUUGCACCGCCGCCGCCGUGUUCUACGCCACUACCACCGCCGCCGUCACCGCCUUCCACGCCAGUGCCACAGCCGCCGCUACCGUCUUGCUCGCCGGUGCUUCCGCCGCUGCCGUCUUCCACGCCGGUGUCACCGCCACCGCCGCUGUCUUGCCCGCCGGUGCCGUCUUGCUCGCCGCUCCACGAUAGAAACGUGCUGACCGCGGAAGGAAGCGCGGCCUUGGCAUCGGCCAAGGUCGCGGAGGACGAGGACAAGGACGAGGUCGCGAAGGACGAGGACGAGGACGAGGACGAGGACAAGGAAAAUCGCAGUACAUUACGAUUCCCAUAA